AUGACCUCGACGGCAGACUAUGGCAUCAACCGCUACUAUUUGGAUGAGAAUGAGCUUGCGUUCUUCAAGACUCAGACCGGGAUCCAAGAUGAGAACGAACUGGAGCAGCAUAUUCUUGGCAUCCAGGCGGACGCAUAUAAGGUUCAUCCUUAUAAUUGCAUCCGCCUAUUCGCUUUCACGAAGCUCAAGGUCUCUCUCCUGCCCGCCUACGGUCAACUCUUGAAGCUAGGAAAGGAACGGAAAGGGGCCAUCCUUCUCGAUCUCGGCUGCUGCUUCGGGAACGAUAUUAGAAAGGCAAUCGCGGACGGGUUUCCUAUUGAAAAUGCUAUAGCCUCCGAUAUUGAACCUAUGUUCUGGGAACUAGGUCAUCACCUCUUCAAGUCCACGAAAGAGACGUUCCCAGUACAUUUCCUACCAGGAAGCGUGCUUGAUCCAACCUUUUUGAAGCUAAUGCCACCUUUCUAUUCUCCGCCAGAGACACCGGCCCCUCCGCUCUCUUCCCUACAGCACCUCACUUCCCUUGCCGGACACGUCUCCGUCAUACACGUGUCUUCCGUGUUCCAUCUCUUCAGUGAAAUGGAGCAAUUGCAGCUUGCGCGAUCCAUCGCAGGCCUGCUCUCACCUCUUCCCGGUUCCAUCAUCUUCGGGGAGCAUAGUGCUCGGCCGGAGAAAGGCUAUAGAGUGGAGCAACUCAAGAAGAACACCAUGGGCACUCACACAUUCUGUCACUCGCCGGAGAGUUGGGUGAGGUUGUGGGAUGGCGAGGUGUUCCGGAAAGGAGCGGUGAAGGUCGGAACAGUGUUGAGGGAGAUUGAUAGGAGUGACCUCACGAGCGCAGCGGGGGUAAAGUUCUGGGUUAUGGGGUGGUCCGUCACGAGACUUUGAUGGUCUAGGAGACGCGCGAUAAUAUCAGACUGCUAUAUUGUCACUGCAUGGAGAGAAUUGGAGGCAAGCUCGACGUCAAUGACCAUGGA